UUUCUCAAAAACAAGAGUUUCCAUCCAAAACGAAAAUAAAAGAAAGAAAAAGAAAAGAAAACGAAAAUGGCCGAGUACAUUGUGACUCCCGUUGUUGAGAUUAUCAAGUGUUUUGGGCCUUCAAUUAAGCUUGGAGCUGGAUACUUAGUUGAACAUGAGAAAAAGAUUGGGAAGCUUAGAGCCAAAGUAGAAUCGUUGAAGAAAUUAAGAUCAAAGUUGCAAGAAAAGGUAGAAGCAGCCGAAAAGAAUCUUGAAACAAUUGAUCCAGAUGUGACGGAUUGGUUUAUAAAUGUGGAUAAGGAAGUUAAUCAAGAUGAAACACUGGAAGGGUUACUUAAUGUUCAAGCUGAUCUUGAUCAAACGAUGCAGAAAAAAAUUAAACAUUUUACUCGUCGCUUUGGCGUCGGUAAAUUUAUAAGUAAAAAAACAAUAACCAUCGAUGAUCUUUUUAAGAAAGGAAGCAAUUUCUCAAGUAUUUCUUAUGCCAGUAGUUUAGUUCAUGGUGCAGAUGAUUUUCCAACAGAUCUAGAUUUUAUACGGUUUCCGUCAAGAAAUUGUGUUAUGGAGGAAGUCAUGAUAGCGCUGAGCAACGACGAGACUAACUUGAUUGAGGUGUAUGGAAUGGGAGGAAUCGGAAAGACGAUGUUGAUUAAUCAAAUUUGUAACCAAGUUAAAGAGGAUAGGCUUUUUGAGGUGGUCGUGUUCGUAACUGUAUCUCAGAAUGUAGAUCUGAAAAGCAUACAAGAUACGAUAGCAGACGCAUUACAGUGUCAAACUGUUAAAAAGAGCGGGGAUACGACCAGAAGAGCGUUGCUUUUAUACGAACGAUUGAAGAAGGUGGAAUGCAUACUCCUUGUCUUAGAUGAUAUAUGGGCAAAGGAUUUCGAACUAAGGCAUGUAGGCAUGCCUAAUGGCCCAAACAAAGGUUGCAAAGUUCUUAUCACUUCAAGAAUCCGUAAAGAAUAUUGUGGUUCUCAUUUAAUUCAGAAGAACAUCGAGGUGAAGACCAUAAAAGAAGAGGAAUCACAGGGUUUGUUUAUGAAGAACGUCCGUGAUGUUCCGGAUUCUGCUUUAGCUGAAAAGAUCGUCAAGGAGUGCAAUGGUUUGCCAAUAGCGCUUGUUGUGCUUGGCAAGGGAUUACGAAACAAAGACACCAAGCAAUGGGAAGAUACAGCUCGUCAACUAAAGAAUUCUCACAUUCAAGUAAUCGAAGAUAUGGAUUCCAAAGUUUUCUGGUCAAUAAAAUUGAGUUAUAAUUUCCUGAAGAAUGACAUAGAAAAAAGAUGCUUCCUGCUUUGUUGUCUAUUCCCGGAAGACCAUAAAAUAACUGUUUCUGAUGAUCUGAUGAUGUACUUCAUCUGUGAUAGUCAUUUGCAUGGAUUCACUAAUCUAGAGGAAGUCAGGGGAAGAUUGCACACAGUAUUGCAAUUACUUACGGAUUCAUGUUUACUAAUGCGCAGUGAAAACAAGUCUACUGUGUGGAUGCAUGAUAUCAUCCGUGACGUGGCAAUCUCAAUUGCCAAGGAGGAGCAUGGGUUUUUUGUAAAAGCUGGUAUGGAGUUAACUGUGUGGCCGUCCAUUACGAAUUCUAGGGUGGCAAGACUGUCGUUAAUGAGAACUUCCAUCAGCGGUCUCCCUGACAAACCAGCACUUCCUCGUCGUCUGGUAAGCAUAUCUUUGGAAGGAAAUAGAACAUUGAAGAACAUCCCAGAUGAUUAUUUUCGAGGUAUGAAGAAAAUCGAAACCCUUGAUUUGCGCUCAACCGGUAUUUCUAAAUUACCAUCGUCGAUUUCAUUACUUUUAAGUCUCCGAUCACUUUUUCUAGAUUAUUGUGUCUUUAAUCCUUCCAUUGACAUAUCUCUAGUUGUAUUUUUAAAGAAGCUUGUAAUACUUAGUCUACAAGGGUGUAACUUAGAACGACUGCCACAAGAAAUCGGUGAAUUAACUGGUUUGAAGUCGUUAAAUUUGUCAAACAACAAGUCUCUGCAAGUUCCACCAAAUAUUAUAUCGAGGCUGUCUCAGUUGGAAGAGUUGUACAUGAAGGAGAGCUUCAGUGGGUGGGAAAUGGAAGGGUGGCAAAGCGAAAUGAAAGCUGCUGGUUUAGAAGAGCUAAUAUCUUUAUUAGAAAAAGGUGUAUUAACUACUCUACACUUCAGUUUAGAUAAGAGUCGUCCGGAGCUUCUUUCCGAAGAGGAUGGCCGACCAAGUGGUAGCAUCCGUUUGGAUGUAACUUUCGGACAGAGAACAGGGUUAGACUAUAUGUCCAGUGACAAUUUCAUUGAACUUACACUUAAUUCGCAUCGAAUUCUUCCAGUCAUUAAGGUGUUGCUGGAAAGAGUCGGAGCUCUAAAGCUGAAAAGGAGUAACGAUUUAGAGAGCGUGGCACAAAUCGGUCCAAAUCAUGUUGGCUUCAAAAAUAUGAAGUCUCUCGGUAUUGAAGAAUGCAAUGACCUGGUCUUUCUGAUGAGGGCAGAGGAAGCAGAGGUCGCAAGCAACAUUUUCAGUUCCAUGGAAGUUUUACAAAUUUAUUCAAUGGAUAAUUUGGAGCGACUGUUUGAUGGACCUGUACCAACAGGAUUCAUUGACAACUUAAAACGGCUGGAUGUAAAGCAGUGCGAUAAGAUGGUUAGCAUUUUUGACUCAAAUUUGUUGAAACAGGUGCCGAAUUUAGAUGAACUUAAUAUAGAACAUUGUCAAAUGUUAAGGGAAAUAUUUAACUUAGAAGAAGCAGCUGAAGAAGGAAGUGACAAUGUCAGUGCACUUUUCAAACUAAGAAAGAUAUGUUUGCAUCAUUUGCCAUCUCUGGAGAUGAUAUGCAAAGGAGUGAUUCCAAAUGGAAGGUUUGACAAUCUUCAAAUAGUGGAUCUUUAUACUUGUGACGGAAUUAAAUAUCUCUUCUCUCUGGAUAUUGCUACAAGGCUUCGACAGUUAAAAGAACUCAAGAUUCAGUAUUGCUUCGGUAUGGUGAACCUAAUUGCACCAGAGGAAGAUAUGGUAGGAUGCUCAUCUACCGCUGUAUCUCCUGCUUCGAUAUUCUUUCCGAAGCUAGAAUCGAUAUUCAUUGAAUGCUGUUUGAGUUUAGAGCAUUUAUGGGUCGCCAAAACUCUUGGAGAUUCUGAUAGGAACCCAGUUCUACUUCCUGAAUUGAAUAGACUAGAGCUAAGUGGUUUACCUAAACUUACUGAUUUGCAUCAAGGGUCAACCAGUCUGGAAUACCCUUGUUUACAACAUUUAGAAGUAGUUAAUUGUGAAAACUUGAAGAGGAUUUGUUUAUCGCAUAAAAGAACACCAAAGUUGGAAAAGAUUGUGGGGGAUGAUGAGACGUGGUUUGAAAGCAUUGAAUGGGAAAAUUCAAGUGACAAACAACAUAUGCAUCACCUUUUCCAGCGUUAUGGUGAAUCAAAGAAAUAAGAAGAAUGAGAAAUACGAUGAACUAUAUAACUUGCUUCUCCAUUGGUGAAUGUGGUUGUUUCAGAUGGUGGCACCAAGAAGCACGAAGUUUAUUUUCAACAUUGAGAAAAUUUUCUCCUCAACAUGAAUUUUGCUAUGCGUUGUUUAAUUCUGUGUCAUUCAACUAUUGAUUGAUAUUAUUUUUA